UGUCAGCACAUACACUUGCAGCAUGAACCACUCAGCUGUGUUGUCGCCUUCAGAGGAAAUGGCCCCUGAGGAGUUUGACGGCGGGACAGUGGUGGCUUGUGUGAUCCUGGGCCUGUCAUUCUUAGUAGGAGCUCCUGGGAACCUGCUGGUGAUCUGGACUAUCCUGAGACACGUCAAGCAGUGUUCUCACACUGUGGUGCUCAUCCUGCACCUGGCUGUUGCAGACCUGCUGGUCCUCAUCACCCUGCCUCUGUGGAUCUACUCCCUGGCCCACUACUGGGUGUUUGGGGAAGUCUCCUGCAAAGCCAUGGUGUUCAUGAUCAACGCCUGUAUGUACAGCAGCGUUUUCCUCAUUACCCUCAUGAGUGUGGAGCGCUUUGUGGCUGUGCGAUAUCCUUUUGCCUCAGCUGGCUGGAAGAGGAAAAAAGCACUGAAUAAAGUUUUGCUGGCUCUGUGGACUGCAGCGUUCUUGUUCAGCAUACCUGUCAUCCCAACUCAGGUCGUAGGGACAGAUUCUGGUGAGGAGCAUUGUCUGUAUCGGCAGUACUCUUCUUUGACCCAGGAGCUGGUGUGUGUGCUGCUCGAGACACUGGUGGGCUACAUAAUACCCUUCUCCAUCCUCGUGGUCUGCUAUGGCUGUCUGUGUAGCCGGAUUACUCAGAUGACCUUUAAGUCCAAGCGCAAGUCCACAGUCCUGAUUGCCAGUGUAGUGGUUGUGUUUGCCAUCUGUUGGACACCUCAUCACAUAGGAAAUAUCCUCUCACUCAUCAUCCUGGCCACUGAGGACUCCCUCCCUGUUGUAGCAGACAAUCUGGAGAGCGCCAGGAGCACCAUGACCUUCAUCGCUGGGGCCAUGGUGUUCAUCAGCAGCACUGUUAACCCCAUCCUUUACAUGUAUGCGGCCCGCUCCUUCAGGAGCUCCCUGCGUGACACCGGCAUCCAGAAGCUCUUCCACCAUAUCUCCAGCACCUCCCCAGGUGAGGGCACUAAAGAGUUGUCCUUUGUGACCAAGAGACAGAGCAAUCAGACCAACAGCUCUCAGUGUCUGACUGAGCCAAAAGACCAAAUGGACAUCUUGAUAAAAAUGUGUGAAAAUAAUCCAUCCUGAUAUUGAAAAUGUAUGGAGUGUCAGUGCUGUGUAGAUAUGCAUGUGUAUACUGUAUACAAUAUUUCUUUGUGACAUAAAUUUAGCCUGAAAUGAAGCUCAUUUCGUACGAAAUUACAACACAGAUAAACAGGAAGUCUGAGUUUACUUGUGCAACUCUGUAAAUUACCUUUUUAACAUGUCUCU